AAAGAUGAUUAAUCCCUCUGAAUGAGCUCUAAACUCCUGUAAGUGCUGAAUUAUGGAGCGGCUGCUCACUCAGAGGCGUCUCUGCUGCUCUUUGAUCUGCAGCCAUUUAAACUGAUUCAGAUUGAUUAGUUCUGUCUUAUUCACAGCACUUCACCUGUGAUAUAAAUAUACUGAGGGACAAGAGCGGAGGUUGUGUGCUCGUGAGGAUCUGGACUAUGGAUUUACUGCUGUCAGUGUUUCUUCUGCUCUGCUCCAUCCAUCAGACCUUCACAUCGGUUUUAGGUAGAAACACCAGAAACUUGUUCACAGAGAGAGUCUGCUGCAAACGCCAGAGUCACGUCAUCUACAUCGGCAAAGAUAUUUCAGGCAGUCCAGUGAAUGUAGAUGUGGGCGUCUGCAGAACGCACUGUGGCCAAUCAGCGCAUUUUGUGGCAUUAGAGGCGGGGCUAAGAGCCUCUAAAUAUUCCUCAAUGCUGGAUUUCCUGCGACAUAAAAAGAUAAGACAUCUUGAUCCUUCCUCUUCAGAGGUGAUCAUUGGUUCUCCGUCAUGUGGUUUGAGCUCCAGCUGUGAGCCGGCCGGUGUCCGUGUGGAUCCAGUGAUGCUGUAUGAAGGUCUGCGAGAGAUCGAGAUCAUCCAGGACUGUCACUGCGAAGCCAAAAUCAGCCAGUGUGUCCGAGCACCAGCGCUGAAAACAUACCACUCCAACACGCUGUACGAGACCGUCAUAGAUGUAGGCAAAUGUGUCGGAUCCAAAGGGGCACCAGAGGGAUUUUCAUGUGUCCCCACUAAGUUUGAUUCCACCUUCAUCCAAACUCCAAACAAAGUGGAGCUGAUCCAAACUGUGGCUCAAUGCAAACUAAUAGAGGGAUGCUACCGAAUGCCGUUAAUGGAGUAUCAUUACGAGACCACAUACAGCGAUGACGGAGUCCAGAUUGAAAGUCUGAAGGAAAUAGAUGUGGGCAGAUGUUUGGGAAGCUGCACCUCGGGGAGCCGAUGUCUUCUCAGGAGUGUGUCUGAUCUGGGGGAAUGUCUAAUAUGGGCUGAAGGACAGGGAAAGGCGUGUGUCCCUCAAAGCUUUGAGAGCCACACUAUACUGGCUCAAAAUGGCCAAAUCUACACCGUUGAUGCCAUCACUUCAUGUGUAUGCCAGUCUUAAACACAGCGCCACCUACUAGAGGGCUGGAUCAAGACCAUGUGCGUUCAUGCAUGCCAAAUUUUGUAUUAUAUUUAAAUGAUGGAAAGUAUUUUGUGAAUAAAAUCUAUGUGAAAACUGAAA